AAAAAAAAAACACCACUGCCUCCCGACUGCAGCCUCGGAUUCUCCCCCCAUCUCGCAGGCUCGCCGCCUGCCUCGCCGGACGCUGCCGCCGCCACCGGACGCUAGGAGGCCCCACUGCCGUCGGUACAGGAUCCCAGGAGCAGCAUCUCCUCGCCGUCGAGCAGCCGUUCCCACCAGCCGCGCCCCCCUCACUGGAGCAGCCGCUCCCGCCCAGCAACGCUGCCGCCCGGAGCUACGCCGGCGACCAUUCCAUAGGAAGGGCGUCAACAUUGUUAACUGGAGGGGCUUGGAGCUGCUUCGGAAUCCACUGGAGAGCAAACAAGAAGUGCAUUUUAGUACGCCACUGAUCAGCGGCGAUGGCGAUCCGACACUACUGGUCGAUGGCUGCCGCUGCUGUCGGGUUCCGCCUCGUUCUGGUGCUCUUCGGUGGAGACCCCCACCUUGCCUCCCGCCCGGAGGUCUCCACACCCCUCACGUCCCUUCGCCGCUUGGCAGAAGGAUACUGGCUGAAGCAGGCGUCGAUGUCACCCUAUUCCGGUUCGAUAUAUCAUGGUUCCCCUUUGCUUCUAUCGAUUCUUGGUCCGCUAACCAGUAAAAGGUCAGGUGGACGCCAUUCUCAUAUAUAUUGCAGUUUGGUUUUUGUAGCUGUAGAUUUUAUAGCUCCUAUGCUCAUACGAUCAACUGGGUGUACACUCCAAAUGGCACGUAACAGAAGCUUGAAGUCUCUUGCCCUCACAAAAUCAGUGAACAAUUCUGUGAAUGUAAGCGCAGGAGAUACUGCUUCUCUAAUAUAUCUGUGGAACCCUUGGACAAUAAUCACCUGUGUGGCUUCAUGUACAUCACCAAUUGAGAAUUUAAUGGUCGUGAUAAUGUUACAUGGAGCCUGUUCACGUCUCGCGCCGCUUGCUGCCUUUGGAUAUGUUAUGGCAACGCAUCUUUCUCUUUAUCCUGCAAUUCUCCUUCUGCCUGUUGCUCUUUUCUUGGGUUAUGGUCCAGAUACCCCUCCAGCUAAAGUAUUUCUUCAGAAAGGCUCAAGUGCCAAUAAAAUUGACAUGUCAGAUAAUGGAAAAGGUACUAGCCAAAAAGGUUUUGGACAAUUCUCAUGGAAACCAAUACUCCACUUCUUAUUGUGGGUGUUUAUCUGGUCAUGUUAUGUGCUGUUAUUGAACAGCAUUAUUCUAAAUAAAGUGGGCGGCCUUCAGGAGAUGUUUGAGAAGACAUAUGGUUUUAUCCUUACAGUGAAGGAUUUAUCACCAAAUAUUGGUGUGUUAUGGUAUUUCUUUGCCGAAGUCUUCGACUUCUUCAGAAGCUUCUUUCUUAUAGUCUUUAAUAUGAACGUCAUUUUUAUGGUAUUGCCAUUGGCUAUCCGUUUGAAGCAUCGACCGUGCUUCCUUGCCUUUCUUUACACAGCCAUUGUCGCAAUGCUGAAAUCUUAUCCCUCGACUGGAGAUUCAGCUCUAUAUCUGGGACUUCUAGGCCUAUUCGCCAAUGAAUUAGCGGAGAUGCAAUUCACCUUCUUCUUGUUUUUUGGAUAUAUUGGAGUCUCUCUCCUUAGCCCUGUCAUGCAUAACCUAUGGAUCUGGAGGGGUACUGGUAACGCAAAUUUCUACUUUGCGACUGGUUUGGCUUACACCUGCCUACAAGUAAAUAUCCAUCUCUUUGUGAGCACAAUAUUGAAUGUUCCUUAGAAUGCUCGCAGAUUGUUCCUUGAGGUAACAUGUCAGCUAAAAUAGUCGUGUUCAUUAACUUACUUA